GGGUCAGAGUUCAUGAGGCGCUGAUGAUGUCAUGCUCUGAAGAUGGCGGAAGGGGAAGGAACUUGGUGGGGAGGCUGGUUCCAGCAAAGCUACCAGGUUGUCAAAGACAAGUCUGCUGAAGCAUAUGAGUUUAUCAAACGAGAUCUUGCCGAAUUCUCCAACGUGGUGCAACAUGACACUACGUGCUCUAUCGUCGCCACUGCCCACGCUGUCAGGACCAAGCUGGCUGUGGAGGGCUCUUCAGAGGCCUCAGAGAAGGUGAAGAAGAGUUUAUCUAACAUUCUGGGGGUCAUCACAGACACCCUUGCACCACCACCCGACAAAACCAUUGACUGCGAUGUCAUCACACUAGUGGCUACGCCUUCAGGCACAACAGAGGUGUAUGACAGCACCAAGGCACGUCUCUACAGUUUGCAGGCAGACCCGGCUACAUACUGCAAUGAGCCUGAUGGCCCUCCAGAGCAGUUUGAUGCCUGGACAUCCAGUUUCAGCCUGGAGGACAAGAAAGCAGAGAUCUCUGAGCUGCUGGUCAACAGCCCCUCUAUCCGGGCGCUCUACAAUAAAAUGGUGCCUGCAGCUGUGGCCCACUCCGAGUUCUGGCAGCGCUACUUCUACAAAGUCUUUCAGCUGGAGCAGAUCACAGGAAAAGAGUUAGAGGAGGAGGCCAGGAGAGUGGCGCUGAAACAGAGAGCGGAGCAGACGGCUCACCGUUCAGAGCGAGAGAGUCUGGGCUGGGAAGAGGAAGAGGAAGACGAGUUUCUGGGUGCCACCUCCACGUCUCGUCUGGACUUCACCCCUCCUCUGAAGGACCCCGCCCGCAUCUCCCUGUCCUGCCUGGCUGCCGCCGCCUGCUCCACCCCCCAGGCCCUUACGGCCCCCCAGGGCUACGUCUCCCCCUCCGCCAGCCAGGGCGCCUUCUCCCCGAUCUACACCUCGGACGUCACGCCCUCCCUCAGCAGCGACAGCGUCAGCCUGCCCACCCAGCUGGAGGCCCAGCUCAGCCCAACGCCCACGCCCGCACCCGCACCCACAUCCCCACAGCCCCUGGUCCAGGAGCUGAGCCUGAGGCUGAGCGAGGCCAGCCUGGAGGAAGUGGAAGAGAGCCCAGAGGAGCAGCAGCAGCAGCAGCAGCAGCAGCAGACGGGGGGAGAGCAGCAGAGUGCUCCCUUGCCAGAGGUUGUCACAGACGGGCCGAUCCCAGAGGAGGAGCCCCCGGCAGCGCCCACGACCAGGACCGAGACGAACAGAGAGGACGGCCCACAGGACCUGAGAGUAUUUGAGCUGAACUCGGACAGCGGCAAAUCCACACCCUCCAACAACGGCAAGAAAGGCUCCAGCACAGAUGUCAGUGAGGACUGGGAAAAGGACUUUGACUUGGACAUGACUGAGGAGGAGGUGCAGAUGGCCCUCUCUAAGAUGGAUGGCACUGCAGAGGAUGAGGACUGGGAAAACUGGGACUGAACUGGAAGCCUGAAGCAGGAAUUCUGUGCCCCCACCAACACCUCGCGCCAACAAGCUGAGUUGUCCCUCUCCUGCAGAUCCCCUGUGCUCACCCUGUCUGACCCUCACAGCCCACUGGGAAACAUCACUGAGGGCAAUGCCACCCCCAAAAAUACCCCCCCCCCCCCACACACACACACACACA